AUAUCCCUUUCGGGGAUAGGCGGAGAUAGAGAGGGCCAGAGAGAAUAAGACCGGUUGCAGUAGCCUACGGAGAACUCAACGGAGUGAAACACCGAUUUGCCGGGAGAACAACGCCGAAAGAGCGGAAAAAAUAUCACGUUUACCGUCCGAAGAAGGUUGAUCAAACGUCAAGUUCUUAUUAACAUGGAAACUGACCGAGCCGGAAGCUCAAACAAUUUAGGUAGCAUUAAAAACGUUCCGGAACAGGAGCUGUCUGUCGUCGCCGAGGCUCUGUGAAAUAUAUUUCAGACUUGAGUCUUCGAAAAUUUAUAUAAAAUACAAUUGUAAGUUAUUCAUGUUCUGUCGAACGAAAAGAGACACAGCGCUACGUCGUUCAACCAAUGCCAUUUGACAACGGGGGCAAUUUGAGAGGAUAUCCGAUUAAGGGGACCCCCAAGCGGCCCGUGUCCACAUCAGCGACAGAAGCCGGGGUGUCGGCUUGUGACAGUAGUUGGGUGGAAAAUCUCCCGAACGGGUGCUAUCGCGCUGAAUAAAAUCGUCGGACGAACGGCAGUUGUGCUGAGAUUUUACCAUUGGGAGCCGGGGAGUAUCCGGACAGAGACCUCAUGAAUGGAAAUUGGAACUUCAGGAGAUGUUGGGGCCCAAGCCCUGUUCACAGUGCCACGGCGGCCUGGUUUUGGCACCAUGGGGAAGCCUAUCAAGCUUCUGGCAAACUGCUUCCAGGUGGAUAUACCCAAGAUGGACGUAUACCUCUAUGAGGUAGACAUCAAGCCAGAGAAGUGCCCACGUCGGGUCAACAGGGAGGUGGUUGACUCCAUGGUGAAGCACUUCAAAGUAACCAUAUUUGGGGACCGAAGGCCAGUCUACGAUGGGAAAAGAAGCCUCUACACAGCUAACCCACUACCAGUAGCCACAGCAGGGGUGGAUUUAGAUGUCACCCUACCAGGGGAGGGGGGUAAAGAUCGUCCCUUCAAAGUGUCCAUCAAGUUUGUGUCGCUAGUCAGCUGGCACAUGCUGCACGAAGUCCUGACUGGACAUGCCAUGCCUGAGCCCUUGGAGCUGGACAAACCUAUCAGCACCAACCCUGUACAUGCUGUGGAUGUGGUGCUGCGACACCUGCCCUCCAUGAAGUACACACCAGUGGGGCGCUCUUUCUUCUCAUCCCCAGAGGGUUAUGACCACCCUCUGGGUGGGGGAAGGGAGGUCUGGUUCGGCUUCCACCAGUCAGUGCGGCCAGCCAUGUGGAAGAUGAUGCUCAACAUUGAUGUAUCGGCCACGGCAUUCUACAAGGCCCAGCCCGUGAUCCAGUUCAUGUGUGAGGUCCUGGAUAUCCACAACAUAGACGAACAGCCCCGCCCCCUCACCGACUCUCACAGGGUCAAGUUCACCAAAGAGAUCAAAGGUCUGAAGGUGGAAGUGACCCACUGUGGUACAAUGCGGAGAAAGUACAGAGUGUGUAACGUGACCCGCCGCCCUGCCAGCCACCAGACGUUUCCUCUUCAGCUGGAGAAUGGUCAGACAGUGGAGCGCACAGUGGCCCAGUACUUCAGAGAGAAAUACAGCCUACAGCUGAAGUACCCUCACCUCCCCUGUCUACAGGUGGGCCAGGAGCAGAAACACACCUACCUGCCACUGGAAGUUUGCAACAUAGUUCCUGGCCAACGCUGUAUUAAAAAACUCACUGAUAACCAGACGUCGACCAUGAUCAAAGCCACGGCCCGCUCUGCCCCAGACAGACAGGAGGAGAUUAGCAGGCUGGUGCGGAGUGCAAACUAUGAGGCAGACCCAUUUGUGCAGGAGUUCCAGUUCCGGGUGCGUGACGAGAUGGCCCAGGUGACGGGUCGUGUGCUGCCAGCCCCAUUGCUUCAGUACGGCGGCAGAGCGAGUUCUGAACACUUCAUGCCACAGCAGAUGAACCCUGCAGUGUCUUUGCAGAACCGCACUGUGGCCACUCCCAGCCAUGGAGUGUGGGACAUGAGGGGCAAACAGUUCCACACCGGUGUUGAGAUUAAAAUGUGGGCCAUCGCCUGCUUCGCCACUCAGAGGCAGUGUCGUGAGGAGAUCCUCAAGGGUUUCACCGACCAGCUGCGGAAGAUCUCUAAGGAUGCUGGGAUGCCCAUCCAGGGCCAGCCAUGUUUCUGUAAGUACGCCCAGGGAGCGGACAGUGUGGAGCCCAUGUUCAGGCACUUGAAGAACACCUAUGCUGGACUGCAGCUCAUCAUCGUCAUCCUGCCUGGAAAGACGCCUGUCUACGCUGAGGUAAAGCGGGUAGGAGACACCCUCCUGGGCAUGGCCACUCAGUGUGUCCAGGUGAAGAACGUGGUGAAGACGUCCCCCCAGACCCUCUCCAACCUCUGCCUCAAGAUCAAUGUCAAGCUGGGGGGCAUCAACAAUAUCCUGGUGCCACACCAACGUCCCUCAGUAUUCCAACAGCCUGUUAUCUUCCUGGGGGCUGACGUCACUCACCCUCCAGCCGGUGAUGGAAAGAAGCCAUCCAUUGCGGCGGUGGUGGGCAGUAUGGAUGCCCACCCCAGCAGGUACUGUGCUACUGUAAGGGUCCAGAGGCCCAGACAGGAAGUGAUCCAGGACCUGGCCUCCAUGGUGCGAGAGCUGCUCAUCCAGUUCUACAAGUCCACCCGUUACAAACCUACCAGAAUCAUCUUCUACAGGGAUGGCGUGUCAGAGGGACAGUUCAGACAGGUGCUGUACUAUGAACUGUUAGCCAUUAGGGAAGCCUGUAUCAUGCUGGAGAAGGAGUAUCAGCCAGGCAUCACCUAUAUUGUGGUGCAGAAGAGGCACCACACACGCCUUUUCUGUGCAGACCGCAACGAACGUGUGGGACGUAGUGGUAACAUCCCUGCAGGCACCACCGUGGACACAGACAUCACCCACCCCUACGAGUUUGACUUUUACCUCUGCAGCCACGCGGGAAUACAGGGUACAAGCCGGCCUUCUCACUACCAUGUCCUUUGGGACGACAACUGCUUCACUGCCGACGAGUUCCAGCUUCUCACCUACCAGCUGUGCCACACCUACGUCCGCUGCACCCGCUCCGUCUCCAUCCCUGCACCAGCCUACUAUGCCCACUUGGUGGCUUUUCGCGCCCGCUACCAUCUGGUGGACAAAGAACAUGACAGUGCGGAGGGUAGCCACAUCUCGGGGCAGAGCAACGGCAGAGAUCCCACAGCCCUUGCCAAGGCUGUUCAGAUUCACCAUGACACAAUGAGGACCAUGUACUUUGCCUAACAGCUUGAACACCCCUCUCAACCAACCACCAACAUCGUAUCACCCCCUAGUGGGGUUCAGCCUGGUCUGUCUCACAUCUGACCCUGGGCCGGUACAGCUCUGGUCCCACCAAGAGGACGCCAAGCUGCUAAGUUCAAAAACAACAACAAAAACAGCCAGAGGGCAGCACAGCAAGGUUAUGCAAUACAAAACCAGCCAAUGGUCUCCAGCCCCGUUCUCCUCUGCAGUGUUUCUUUUUUUUUAUUCGUUGUUAAUGAUCUGAAACGUGGUUGACAAGCUGCACUGGUCACGUCCUUGUCGAACAGGUUUAUUUUGGACAGCAUCUCAACUUUCACUUUGUGUUACUUGCAACGUGGCAACACGUGGAAAUGGAAGCGAGGAAUCGAUUGAGGAAAGCUUUAGUGGGCAGGUGGGUGGUUUGACAGUGCCGUUGUUGGUCCAGAGGGGACCGUUUUAGUUUUUUCAACCUAUUGAUGAUCUGAUGAUCUCGUUGCAUGUCUCAGUCAACCUGUAGCCGUUAUCUUGUGAGUCUUUGCAUGUUCUGUAGACGUCUGAUCGCCAUGGCGAUGCCCAUCAUUUGAGAAUGCUUGUCUAUCACAGAUGUGACCUGUUUUCCUACGACAAGUUGGUCAUCUAGUUAAUAUGCUCUCUUCUUUAGCCAAUGGUGACUUAUUUGCAUUCAUUGCGCCAGAGUUUAACAUUGCACUCUAUAUAUCAAUCUCAGCAUUGAUAAAAAAUUUUUUUACAUACAGCCACAAACAGCCAUUGUUUUAAAGAUUAUCUGAGAAGUGCUGUUAGAAUAUCAACACUGGCUACUUCAUGAACCUACUUGGAACCUUUCAGAGUUCACUGUAGCAUUUCCCUUUUGCUUUCAGUUUUACUACACGUUGCUUUUUAUGAGAUCGGCCUUAUUUAAAAUCUGUUUUCAGUUAUCACUGUUUGUUUGUUUUGUCUUUUUUUAAGUAAGGAACUGACAGUGUCAUGGAAUCUUUUAGUGCAAUAAGUGUCUAAAGCAAAAGAUGGGUUCUAUGGUUAAUAUAACAAUUUGGGGCAGUUGUGAUCAGAAUAGAACAGGGGACAAAAGAUACAGAAUGUUGGUGAACUGGAGUGGAUUGAUUCCACAGCAAUAACUUACAUUGUGAGUUAAUUCGAGCAAUUGAUAUUAUUACAAAAAAGGAGUUUAUUAAAUGGGGUGAAUAAUGAAUGAAUGAAUAAGUGCCUGUUUUGGGUGGGAAAUAGAAGAACUUGAAAGCCAACGGAUGUAUUUAUUUUAGUUGGAGCUCCUCUGAGGUCCAUUAGUUAGGUUACAGUACAGUGAAAUAGUGUAAUCCAGGCAUUACUGUAAGCAUGAUAUAUUGACCAAAAUGGUCUGGCAUUUGAGAGCUGUGUGUGUGUGUGUGUGGCAGCAUGAAUUCAGUUUCAUGAUUAAGUUUUCAAUGUGAAUUAUUACAUCAUCGAAUAACGUAUAUUGACCAAUUGAAGGUUGGGGACAGGUUUAGCUAUUGAAUCUGUCUCAUUCAUUUUAAUGCUCUGGAGAUAGGACUCAUUUUUGCACUGUUAAAAUUAAACCUUCGUAUUUGGGGAUAUGAAAAGGUGAUUUGUCACAUUGUAUCAAAGGGCAUUUUCUAUCCCAUAGCCUUGCUGUGCAGCAUCCUCGGGGUGUCAGGGACGGUUUUCGACUUUUGUCUAGUUCCACUCUGACCAAAUCAUCGUGCCUCGUUGUGUGAGGAGGAGUGUUCGGGGCAUGCACAGUUUGGCCACGUCCAGCUACAGCUGAUCCUGGCUCACACUGCAAUUGCAAAAGAAGUGGUUGCAGCGUGGCCGGUGCUAUACCACGCUUGUCCUAUAGCCACGUGUUACCAGAACCAAACUAGCUGCUAUAACACGUGUUUUCAUUCAUAUAUAUUCAUACAAUGUGCAAAAAGAGACUAUAAGUAUACAACAAUUUACUGCACUUACAGAUGCUUGUGUUUCAGGUGAGACAGGUGGCCUGGUGCUGAGCGGCAGUGUGUGUGUGCAUGUGUGCGUGCGCUGUAUUCAAAUAUUUUAAUCUUAAUUUGGUGUAACAUAGAGGAAUCCCCCGUGCUAUGAUACGAGGAGACAUACCCAUAGUUCUACUAAGAAAGUGGUGGAAAUCUAUAGAGCUAGACCCUGGAGGUGGUAUGAAUUAACUCCCAACAAAUGUUUGUACUUUUCUUCAAGGCAUCAGGCACAGCCAUUUGAUUUUACUUGAAGAGCAAAUAUAGGUGGGUAGGAUCCAGUCAACUGCAACUGUGGGCUAAUGUGUAGCCACCUCACUAUUUUGAGCAACAUUUGAAGUCCUUACAGUCGUAGUACAAAUAGGAAUUCUCUCUACACUUGCGUCGCAACAGAAUAAACCUUCAGAGCCUAGUGACUGGGGUUGGAUCUAGCAGGAGCUGUAUUGGGAGCUGAUUGGUGGGGGUCCUAAUGCAGUGUCUGAGUUGCAAAUGGUACCCUUUCCCUUUAUAGUGCAGAACUAACAAAAGUAGUGCUCUAAGUAGAGAAUAGGGUGCCAUAUGUUACUUAACCAGGUUCCUCUAAGUGAUGCCCUCAACUCUAUAAAAGCUGGACAUCAGAUGCCUUCUUUAAUGUUAUUUUAAAGCAUUUCUAAUUAUGAAACAUAGAUAUUUGUAUAUGUAAUAAUAUUAAAGACCACUUAUUUUUGCUAACAAAUUCUAAGAAACAUUAAAUUAUAUGAAUCAGUAAAACAAUUAUUAAUAGUAAAAUAAAGAAUACAAUAGUAAUACUAAUAAUAAUAUACAUGUAAUAAUGCUAUUGUUUAUAUGUUGUGUGAAAGAAAAGCUACUGAGAUCUGUUGCAUUGAAUUUACCUUUGUGUGGGGAAGUGCUGUUUUUUUCGUUGGCAGAUGUUGUGUUGUUGUGUAGUAACUGAUUAGAUAAACCUCCCUCUAUUCCCUGUCACCCUGUUCUCUGUUCAUUAAACUAACAUGCUUUGGAGAGUGGCCUAGCUUCCUUUCAGUAGCAUCCAUUAAACUCACAGAAACUGGUCUUGUAGAACAUGUAGUGAAUGUGACCUCAAUUUUGAGUGUUAACUUCAUCCAAGACAGUUGGUGUGUAUGUUUGUGUUUGUGCACAUUUUACUAUCCUGGUGGGGACCAAAAAUACUCGCAGGGAUAACAAACAAGGAAACAAGGAACAUUUUACCUUGAGAAAACAUUAUGCCUGUUCCUAUAAUGGAUUUGGGUAGCAUUUACAUUUGGGUUAUGUUUAGUACUAUGGCUAAGUUUUUGGGUUUACGAGAUGUUGAGCAGAGAACAGAAUUUUUAAUGGGAAUAAUUUUUUAUGUCCCCACAAGGAUAGAGAUUUAAAAAAUGUGUGUGCGUAUCAUUGUUUUUUAAUGUUGUGGGGUGGGGUUGAAGGUUCAUCCAUGGACAGAAUUGUCUCUAGACUGUGCCUUUCAUGAUGGUGCUGAAAACGAAUAAAUCAAAGAAGAUAUCUUACUUUCAAAACAUUGAUGGCAAUAUGCCCAUUUCAAUAUGGAAGUGUGUGUUGACAGUCGACAAUACUGUAAAACAUGCUCGUUUGUGUGUAUGUGUGUGCCUUGGGUGUAUGUUUGUCUGUACCUCUGAUAUGCCAAGAAAUACAUCAAAAUGCAGAAGUGAUCCAUUUUGAAGUGUCAGGACCAAAAAGGCUUGUGGAAAUGGUAAAGUGGUCAUGCAGUCACAUGGCUCAACAACCAAAAUGUGUAUUUUUACUAACUGGGCACUGAAAUGGAAAUUUCAAACUGCCACCAUCUUAUGUUGGAAACCAGUUAAGUGUAAUGUAUGAGAUUUUUGCCUUUGAUUUCAUUUGUUAUAUCCUUUAAUUGAUGUCAAGCAAUAGGGGUGUUCUCCCCAAUGUGCCAGCAAUAAACAAAGUGAUUUUUAUCCUCUGAGCAACUGAAUGUUGGGUUACAUCAGAGUAAUUUCCCAAAUUAAACUAUUGCCUAUACGGCACUACUUUUGACUAGUGGUGCACUAUGAAUAACAUAGGGUGUUAUUUGGGAAUUAACUUUCAAAGUACACGUUUUAAUUACCAUCCCAUGUGAGCGCCUUGCAUUCUAUUUGCCACCUUUUGGAUGCUAAUUGUUCUCAAAUUAAUUAUAUGUCUCAAAUGGCACUGUAUUCCCUAUAUGACGCACUCUCUUUGAACAGUGCUCGUGGGGCUCUGUUCAAAAAUAGUGCAAAUUGUUGGUAUUAUGGUGUCACUUGGUACAGAACUACUGUUGUAGGCCUAUGCAUAUGUGUGUCCUAUUUUUUCAGAAAAUACUGCUCUGGCGUAUACAGAAUGUAUAUGUUUCUCCUCAAGAUCUUUAUGGAAAUACCUCAGCGUGUUGCAUCUGGAAGUUAAAACAAAAUGCAGUUAUCCAGUUGUGCCACAUGAGUGCCCACUUGCCUGGGAAAAGAUUCCUCAGACAGUUCCUCCAAACCCUGCGCCUCUAAUGUGGUUUGCUGUAUAUCAGACUUAAUAAGGUACAAAUGAUCAAUUGCUUUGGUACAAGUAUAAUGCACAGUUUUCUGUUUUUUUUCCCUGAUAAUGAAAUUGUUGUGACACUUUUAGAAGUAUAAUUGUAUGUACAGAAAAUACCUUUUGUCUUAACACUUAUCUGAUCCCAGUCCUAAGUUGAAUCCUUAUAUUUCAU